GUUUACAAAGAAACUCGCACGUAGCAGAUUAUGGAAACAUCCAACCCUUUGAGAGACCAAAAUUUCGAGAAGAAUCAACAAAUUGAUGUCGUUAAAUGAAACAGACAAAAUAUCUUAGGUCUGCAGAUCGUUUUGAUCAUUGUAAAAAUAUCAGUCAAGAGCAGGCGUCUUCAACAGAUUAAAGACAGAAAAUGUUCAACGCAGUAAAAGAAUAUUUAGAAAAAGGGGCAGAGAAGUGGGAUGCAGACACUGAAAGAUUUUUAAGACAGAAAUUAGAAAAUGCAUGCGUUCAGUCUAAAAGAUUUGGAAAGGAUGCAGAAGAGCUUCGAAGUUUGCAAGAAAUGCUGUAUGUACUCUACACAACUCUUUCAAACAGUGAUAUGGCCAAAAGGGUCAAGAAAGUUGGAUUUGACAGAAUGAUUGGAAAGUGUUUUGAUGAAGCUCUUUCAAAAGAACACCAGGAGAGCAAAGAAUGGGAAGUGAUAGAGGAACAGCUCUUGGAUGUUGUCAAUGCCAUUGCAGAGGGCUUGACAGAUGACAAAGACAGUUUUUUGUUGGAAUUUUGUCCAAAGUGUUUAGACCUGGUUUUGAAAAGACAGACAAAUUAUCUUCAUGGCAUAGAGGUUCUUAAAGGAUGCAACAUGAUUCUUGAAAACUGCACAUUGACUACAAAAGAAAAGAUAUUACAGAGGACUGAUAAUGCUAACAAAUUGAAAGCCAUUGCAGCAAAAUUAGAGACACUAGGAGAUUAUGAGUGUCAAGUUGGAAUACUGGAGUGCUUGUUCAGAAUUAUUCCAAGGAAGCAAAGAAGAGAAUAUGCCACACAUUUUUUUCAUCGCCAAACCAUUCUUGACAGGUUCAUGCUUAUAAAAGAUGCUCAGUUUGAAACAGACUGCAGAAUCUUUUUGAAUGAAUACAAUGCUUCCAUACCCAACCAACUUGUUUAUUCCAUCCCUUGUACUCGUGCUGUAUUAGGCAACAAAGAGCUGGUCAAGCCUAAUGAUGAAGAAUAUGAACAGUUUUGGGUAGAUUUUAACACAGGAACAAAGAGAAUCACAUUGUUUUGUGAACAAAGCAGUAAUUCAGAGAAUGAUUGUGACUUCUGGGAAACAAUUUCUAUAAGAAAUGAAGAUGUUGCAGAAAUCAAGCUGCAAAAGACAAAGAUAACCACAAACCUUGAAAUAGUGUUUGAAAAACCAAUAAGAAUUUUGUUUCCAAGUCAAGCAUCAGUAGAUGGACAGCACAUGCAAAUCCACUUUGCAUCUGAUACUGACAUUGAGCUUGUGGUUGAGCAGACUCUUCCAGAUUGUUGUAAUGUCAUUCAGAGUUCACAAAAAGUUUCUACAGUGGAGUUUCCUGUAAAAAUUCAAAGAGAUUUCUCUCAGGAAGUAACAAUACCAAAACCUACAGAGAAAAACACACACAAAGCUUCCAGUCCCUGUACACCAAUGCAUCUUGUACAAGACAACUGGAGGAGGGAAAGAAAAGAUAGUGGACCAUUGCGCACAGAUACUCUACAGGAGGAACAGAAAAAGAGACCAGUCAAACAGGCAGCAGUUAGAGUGAGCAGCAAGAAAGGAUAUAGUUCAUCUGUAUCAUCAAAGGCAUCUCAUACAGCAUCUCCACUAAAGAUAUCAUCAGAAACUUUCUAUUCAAAUGUUCAAAGCAAAAGAGAACAUAAAGUGACCACCCCAAAGAUACCAGCUGUUGGUAAAAAGAAGAAAGUUAAAACACCUGUUGUAACUGUUACCCCACCAGUCAAAAAGUUUAAAACCAAUGUUGAAGCUGGGAAAAGAGGGAGCACAAAAACUCUGAAUGACAGGGAAAAGAAAACUGAAAUGAAACAACAGAGACUUCAGAGUACAUCCACAAAUUCAUCUAAAGAAAAGAAGGUAACAAUUGGUAAAUCAACAUCCACAAAUGUCCCUGAAAACAAAAAUGAUAUGUCUGAUUUAGACAUUGAUGAAGAGUUACUUCUCAGUGAAAUGGAUGAUGCUGUUGAGGAUCUGCAAAUUCUUGACAAAAAAGAGCAAGACUGGGAGAAAACUGACAGAUCACAAACUGAAAACAGCAAAAAUAUGAAAAAUAUUAAAUAUACUGAGACAGGUCAAUCAAAAUUGAAGCAUUCUAGUGAACAAGAAAAGGACACUGCUUUGGAUAUCAUUGGGAGCAAAUAUUCAAAUGCCGAUGAUCAUAUUUCUUCUAAAAAGGAGAAUGUUUUACAAAAGGACAUUUUUAAAAAUCCUCCCAAAAAAUUGUGCAACACUGGUAGAGAAUGUGACAAAAUUGAAACAACAGUUUCCCCAGUGAAUGACUGUAAAAGAGGAGUAAAACAAAUUGCUAAAAGUGAUGCAGGAGUUGAAGAAAAUAUGAUUCAACCAACUGAAGUAGAUUCUGUAGAUUCUGAUGCUGAUGAUUGUCUAAUGACCAAUGUUUGUAUGUAUACAGAGUCAGAUAUAGACAGUACCAGAGAUAGUAAUAGUCAACAAGAGACUGAAAACCAGCAAUGUGCUGUAGGGAAAAGAAGUAGGAAAUGUGUGCAACAAAAUGUGCCAAAUAACUCUGGUAUCAAUGAAAGUGAGGAAAAAGACAAAAAACUGCAGGGGACAAAAAGAAGGCCUACCAAAACCUCCAUUAAGAAGCAGGUAUCUCCUGUUGUAGAGUUACAAAGACUAGAAACAAUAGAGAGAAACCCAGUAAACAGUACAGUACCCACUAAAGAGGAGGAGCCAAUGGAUAAAAAGUCUGUUCAACCCAGCAAGAAGCGUGGUCGACCAAAAGGUUCCAAGAAAAAAGAAGCAAAAGCACCCCCUGCAUCAAGUAAAACACAGAAAAGCACAACUGGGAAAGGUGUCUAUGCUUUAACAGAUAAAACCAAGCAGUGUUCAGACAAUCUUCCCAUGACAGAUACUGCUGUGUUUGAAUGGAAAGAUGAAGAUGAGGAAGAAAGUAAUUCUAAAGUUAUUCAGACAAUUUCAAAAUCUGCUCCACUUGUGGAUGUAGUAGAUUCUGACCAAGAAAAUGAAAUAGAUGUUAUUCAAGAGAGCCAAGAGAAUGCCAAAUAUACAAAUGAUUGUGCAAGUAAUAAAAGUCUGGCCACAGAUCUUAGUUUUAAAGAAAGCCCUUGGUAUAAGUGCAUGCCUCAACAUUCCAAAUACAACACUAAAUGGUUUAAGACGUAUGGCAAAGUGAGGGGUAGUCAGAAAGUACAAACUGCAAGUAAUAAAGAUGUAGAUUUUUGUGGCGAUAGCCCAGCAGUCAAGAAAUACUCUCAGCAAGUCACAAAGACACUGUCAGUGCAGAUGACAUAUUCGUCACAGUGUGUGUCCUCUCCAGGUGGAGAUGCUGGUAAUGAUCCUUACAUUUUCGACGACAAUUGUUCAGAAUACAGCAAUAACUUGAUGAUGAACUCAAAGAAAACCAAGCCAAAACAAAUCAAUCAGAAAUCUGUGAAGAGAGGAAAGGGAAGGGGUAGGAAGAAGACAGAUUCCCCAGAUUAUGUGUACAAAGACGUGCAUACUGGUAGACAGAAUAAGUCAAACAAAGUUUAUGGUGAGAGACAAAAAGCAUCCAAGAAGGAAGACAGCCUGAACAGCUAUGAUGUUAUAAAGCAGAGCAGGAUCAGUAAAUAUAACCACACUGAUGAGGAAAAUAUAGUUUCAUUAUAUCAGAUGGAAAAUACCUGCCAAAUGGAAAGACAACAAUCUAAACCAAAGCCGAAGAAUUCUGGUGCAAAUAAAACUAGUCAAAGGCGCAGUAACAGACAAAAAGAAUCUGAUGAGGAUGACUAUGCCAUCUCCUGUAUUCCAAGUCCUGAAGAAGCAUUUGAUGAAGGUUCUUUGUCAGGUUCUCCCUUGGAAUCCCAGAAUGUCCCUGGGAGUUGUAUGGAUAAUUGGAAACAAACAAAAGGUUACUCAUUUAUGGAAGGAAAAAGUGAAGUACAGAAAUAUGCUGUUGAUACAGGAGAAAUGCCUAGUCCUUCUGAAAGUCCAGUCCCAAGGAAAAAGCAGAAAAGAAGUAAUAGGUCAAAGAUGAUACAGAAUUUAGAAAACAGUCCAGCCAACACUGCCCAGCCUACAACCCCCGAGUCUAUUUUAUCAAAAUUCAGACAGAGUUGUCAGAAAUUAGUCGAAGAAUCAUGUUGUUCAGAGGAAAAUGUAGCCUCAAGACUGCAGACUCCCCUUCUAGCUGUAAGUCCCUAUGUUGGGCGAACUGAAAAAGAUGAGGUAGAGAAUGAGAUUGAUUGCUCCCAAAGAUCAGAGAAAAGCCAAAGCCAAGAAUCCAUUGAAAGUGAACCAAGAUGUUUAAAAAGGAAGCACAAAGCAAAAGAAAACAGUUGUCUGGCUGAGGAGGAUAUAGUUGUGGAUAAAGGCUUGCAGAUGAAUUGGUUGCAGAGGAUCCAGGCAGCACACAGAUACAAAACAAGUGAUGAUGACAAGGAAAAUAUGUCUAUAUCCAUUAGUACAGCUUCAUCCCAGGAAGUAGAAAGUGUUGUAUCAGAAAAGAUCAGUUCCUUUGGAGUUGAAAUACAAAACCACAUGCAGGCAAAGAAAAAACAACUUGACUGCAUGACAAAGGAUGUUCUUAGAUCUCUCAUGAAAAUAUGCUCAAAGUCAAGCAGAGAAACGAGGGAACAGAGAACUAAGUAUAUUGAAAAAUUUCAACACAUUGUGUUAGAAGAGCUGAAGGCAAUAGAAAAGGAUGUGUCAAGUUUGAAGAAAACAGAGGAUGAAUGCAUGCUUUAUUUUGAGAAAAAACUGCAAGAGAUCCAAAGACAUACCUGUUCCCAAGAAAAGAGUAUCCAUAAUUUGAUGGCAGCAAAAGAAGUAUUUAUGGAAGAAAUGCAUCAUUGUGAAAAAUAUACAGAUAAAUCACAGUUGAAAGCACAAUAUUCCAUCAAGAAAGAGCUUGAAGCAAUGAAGACCAGAUUAGUAUCGAAAAAUCAACAGGAUGAGUUAGAAAACAUAAAGAGAUGUCUGCAGCAAUCCUUCUCUGUCGGAUGAUAAUGAUCACAAAAGAGACAGACAAAAUCUAUUUGCGUUUUAUUUAUACUCAAUAACAACACAUUAUGCAAGUAUCUUGCAUGAGAAUCAAUAUGUUUUAAAAUCACAAUCAUAGCAAAUUGUAUAUCACAAGAUAAGGUCAGUCGUGUUUCCAGCAAACAAUUAUGCAACUGAAAACUCUUAAGACUAUGUGGUAAUGGAAGAGACGCAAAAAGGCCAAAUUAAAAUGUCUUAAAACUGUUUCUGAUAUCAAAGUUCAUGGAAAAGGGGCAUAGCUAUAAUGUUUACAAUAAUGUACAUUCAUUCACUAGUUGCAAUUUAAUUCCUGAAAGCUUUGUGCUGCCACAAACAACAUUCCAGCACAUUCAUAUAUGUAAACAUUGAUGUUUGUAAACAUCGAUUAUAACGUUAAGAGUAUGUAUUUUUUACACUGAAUAUACAGUUAAGAGUAGGUAUUUAUGUAUGCGUAUUUUAUGAAACAUGGAGAAAAAACAAAUCUACAUAUAAAUUAUCUGUUGACUGAUAUUUUUUAUUGUUAUUUAUACAUGUCUUUUGUUUUUGUUUGUAGUGAAUAAAUUAUACAUAAAGUUUGA